UCUCAAUCAUGUCCCGUUAGAAAAAAAAAAACAUAAACCCGUUUUUUUUUGUCUGCAAAGAUUUCCUCUCCAAGUUCAACUUGUCAACCAUUCCCCAUUGACAAUGUCCAUGAAAGGCCUCUCAUCAUCAUCAUCAUCAUCAUCAGACCCAUAUAAUAUCUUCAAGGGAUCAUCCCACAAGCCCGAUGGUUACCGAGAACUAGAUGUUUUCAAGGCGGCGAGGUACUUUUCCGGCUAUAACGAACCCACCGACGAUACCUACGAUUACACGAGAAAAGAGAACCGCAGGAAAUGGGGAUUAGCUAGGGGAAGAAUCAGCUUGGAUUUGCCCAUCAGAUCAUCGGAAUCGAUCCAUCAUCAUCAUAAAGAUCAUCAUGUUCAUGAAAGACAUGAAGUUUUCACCGUGAAGGAGAAGAUUGGUGACGUGAAACACAAGCAACCUGGCUCGCCGGGCGGGAAGAUCGCCAGCUUCUUGAACUCUCUUUUCCAUCAGGAGAAGUCAAAGUCAAAGUCAACGACAGGAUCUCAGGCUCCGGAUGAAGAGGAGAGCCCUGGAGGUUGUAGGAGAAGAAGAAGAAGCAGCAUCAGCCGUUUCUUGAUCAUGAUCUCAAAUAGAUCCUCGAAAACAGAUUCGGCGACCACAAAUUCUUCGGCGAAAUCUCCGUUUUCGUCUUCGAGCUCGGGUUUUAGAAUCAGAACUCCUCCUCCUUGUUUAGACACACCAACAAAGAACUACGGACAGUACUCGAACAUUGUGGAAACGGACAAGAACAAGGACUUGACUUGGCUGGACGAUAGGCUCAAGCUGAUCGAGAACCUCUCCGAGGGACAGAGGGUUUGGUCUGAAGAAGAUGAUCGAAGAAAGACAAACGUCGAAACCGCUGCCGCCGUGGAGGAUGAUGGAACCGAAAGCGAUUCAAGUUCCGACCUGUUCGAGUUGCAGAACUAUGAUCUGUCCUGUGGGGGAUUACCGGUUUACGAGACUACGAAUGUUGACGCCAUCAAGAAGAGUGCACAUGCAAGACCCGUUUGAUCAUUGAUCGAAUCGAUAAUAGAUUCAAUGAUCAAAAAAUCACGUUUAAUUGCGAAUUAUAAAAAAAAAUGUAUCUAUAUAUGUGUUAUAUAUCUAUAAUAGAUAUAAUAUGGGAUUUGGUCCAAUUUGUUUUAAUGAGAUUUGAGGGGUAGUGUUGAUAAAUCCAUAAAGAUU